AAAACAGGCUUCUUUCGAUGGAGCAGGUGCCACGACUGGUGUCUACAUGCGCUUAUGUUCGGUGCCGCGGCGAGAGCCGUACAAGCUGUUGCGUCAGGUGAGCAACCAGAAGGUGGCAUUGAAGCUACCUGAGUCCGCGAAGGGGGAGCGACACUAUAGAUUUCGGCGAGUCUAUCCGAGCGCUAGCAGUCUGAGGACAAUUUACAAGAGAGUAGCUGCACCUCAGGUGCAGCGUUUGUUAACUGGAGACGAUGCCUUGUUGGUGUUGAACGGUUACGAGAGAAGUGGCAAGAACUAUGUUUUGGGAGGUGACGGAACGCUGAGAAAUCCUGGCAUAUUGAAACAAUCUCUAGACCAAAUAUUUGCGAUAUUGGGCUCAAAGUUGGCUCCGCCCUCGCUACUGCAAUCGAAUGGACGCAAUGGGUACGAGCUGGCACCAGAAGAUCUGCGGCGUGCACCGAAAAAGCAAAAUCGAUAUUGCAGCAUCUUUGUCAGCUAUAUGGAGUUGGAGAAUGGCGCUGCCUAUGAUUUGCUAAGCCCUUCAAUUAAUGACAAGGAGUUUAGGUCGUUGGCGAUUUGUGAGGAUGCGGUUCGAUCGAGCUUUUAUGUAAAUGGUUUGCAGGAAUUAGAAAUUCGAAAUGCUGCCGAGGGUCUAGAGCUGUACAAGUGGGGCCAACGGCAUAGAAGCUACUGGGAAAGAAGGUCAACAGAAAGUCAGACCAUCUUUAACGUUCGUGUGCUUCAAGCCGAACUCAAAAGGGUUAGUUACAAGCUAAAGCAUUUGAUGGUCAGCUGUCUGAGAUUUGUGGGCUUGUCGAGCGGUGGGGAACUGCAGUCUGUAGAUAAAGCAUUGCUCAUGUGCUUGAAUCAGUUGGGAAAAGGAAAGUCGCCAAGCUAUGGCAAUUCCCAGCUAACGAAGCUAUUGCGAAGUGAUUUAGAGAGCAAAAACCCCUCUAUAAAUUUGAUAGUGUGUCUCAAUCCAGCGGACAACUUCUACAAACAAAACAAGCAGCUGCUGCAAUCUGUUAAAGGCUUGCAGAGGAUCUCCAAUUCAGUUGCCACUAAUAUUAGGGUGCCAAGUGCAGAGUUUGGUGAAAAGAAAUUCGACAAAUUGAGGCAGAGUCUAAAGCAGCACCGUCUGCAAAAGAAUAUACUGCUAGAACAGCAGAAAAAUCUGCGAAAUGUCAUCUUACAGAUACGCGAUGCCAACACACAGCUGACCAUCGACAAAGACGCUCUAUUGGGAGCCUACAAAGAGCAGCAGAAGAAGGACGAGCUGCUGAACAUUAAAUUAAAGAAUUUCGAAAACUUCAUUGAGGAAUUGAUGCACAAUAUGACCGAAACCCAGCGGGAUAACGAAGAGCUGAAGACCCAGUUGAAGGAAAAUGAAAAGAAAAUAAAGCAACUGAGUGCCGAAGUAGCGCUUGCCAAGGAACGAAAAAACAAGAUACGUACAACGCUGGAGAAACGGGAACAGGAUGUGGUCGACCACUACACCAGACAGAUCGCCAAACUGCGUACUCAGCUGCUUUUGACGACCGAAGAGCUACAAAAUCAUGCAUCGCAUUGCAGCUUCAAGAAGGGAGGGGAGAAAAAAAAUGAGCCGCUGACUAAGGCAAUAAUAGGGGAUGUGAAUGGGCCGGUUGACGAUCCAUAUGUUCAGAAACUUGUAAACGUUUGUGCCAAAACCCUGGCACUAAGCAAAAAUAAACGAAAUAGGUCAAGACGUUCCCGCUCCGAGUUAGACGACCGCUCACUCGCGACCAAUCAGCGUUCAUCUGUAGCCUUAAAGAAUGCCAACUCGAAUAGCGCGAAGACCGCUGCUUCGCCAGACCAAUCCGAGUUGAAGAGGGUCUCUGUCAUAGCUCGGCUAUAUAACCUGCCCUAUUCGCGCGGCAUCUAAUUGACUUAUAUAUUAUAAUUUAGUAUUCUGAAUAAAUUGUACAUUACUUUGUUGGUUUUUGAGUGCAUGGAAAUAAGUA